GCGCAAGAGAUCUUCAUGGCCCUAGACUCGCUGCCCACGGCUACAGCCGCAGCCUCACACAAUGUCAAGGCUGCCAAAGAGGGCUUCCUCCGCCUCUUUUCAGAGCUGGCGACGGUGCAGGGCCGAUUGGAAACGCAGCUGAAGCUGAAGCAGGAGCUCCAGGCGGCUCUCGCCAGACAGGGUGGCCCCGAAUCGCUUCGGAGUCAGCUGCAGGAGGCGAGAAGGAGCUACGAAGAGCACAUCCACGUUCUGUCAGCAGCGGAGCGCUCCGCUCGCUCCGCAGCCAAGGGG